AGGUGGUACCAGGGCAUCUUAUCUAAUCUAGCCGAGAAGACGAUCACGAGCACGAAUUUUCUUGGACGCGAUCGUUGCAUGCAGCUCGCCGCGCCAGUGUAGGGAAUCUCUCUGCUUCCAGAUCGUUUACUAGUCUCGAAGGCGACACUCACAUCUUCAGCUCCCUUCAUCUCUUCGUUUUUACUCUCACACAUCCAUGGGCGCAAAGAAAGAAACACGCUCCAGUCCUCCUCCAAGGAAACGGGCUCGUGUUGAGGCACCCCACUCCCCAAACUUCAAGCAGGGACCCCGUCUCUUCGCGCCCUUCCGCGCACUCGGCCUUAUCACGAAUAAUGUUCCAUUUGUGCUCCAAACACGCUCACAUAAGGGCGCGACCGAUGGACCUCGGAUCCAUCUGCUUACAUGCUUAGGAAGGGCAUGGGCGUUAUGGGAAGGAGGGAAAAUGGGCCUACUGUUUGUAGGUCCCGAUGCUCCAGGGCCUAUCGCUUCUAUGGCUAUGGACGGCAACGCUGUAUGGGUCUCCUCGGGUCUGUACGUUAUGAAAUACAUCCGCGGAAAAGAAGUUGCUCGCCUGACGAAUCCCCUUGAGACCUCGUUAACACAUAUACUUGUCUUCGGCCCGCAACUUCUCGCCGUGACCGACGAUGGUAAUCGAAUGCUAGUUUGGGACACAGAAAGCGAAGAGCUCCAAACAACCAUACAGUUUGAGCCUGGCUUCACCGCUAUCAUGAUCCACCACCCAGCGACCUACCUGAACAAGGUUCUGGUUGCCAGCAGUGAAGGCAGCAUGCAGCUAUGGAACAUCCGCACCCAAACACUGAUUCAUACAUUCCCUGCCGCAUGCCUCCUGACCUCUCCUUCAAAGACCACCUCAACCGCCAUCACGGCGCUCGCUCGCUCACCAGCCAUCGACGUCAUCGGUAUUGGCUUCUCUUCAGGAGAGAUCUCCGUAUACGAUAUCCGCGCGGACGAACGUCUCAUGCGGAUGGUCAUGCAGGACGGCGGCAUCCGCGCCAUGUCCUUCCGGAGUGACAGCCAACCCAUCCUCGCAACGGCCUCAUCGACUGGACACAUCGCUCUGUGGGACCUCAACUCUGGCGGACGCCUCCUGCACAUCGUUCGUGGCGCCCAUGACGGGGCAGUUACCGCGCUUGAAUGGGUGCCAGGACAGCCUGUACUCAUUAGCUCUGGCGAGGACAACAGUGUCAAGCAAUGGUUGUUCGACUCGCCAACCGAGGCGCCACGUCUGCUGAAGUUCCGCUCAGGGCACCAUGCGCCGCCGCAUCUUAUCCGGUACUAUGGCGAGGAUGGCAAGCAGCUCUUGACAGCCUCACGAGACCGCAGUUUGAGAUGCACGAGUGUCGUGAGAGACUCGAGGAGUUUCGAGCUUAGCCAAGGUUCAUUGGCGAAGAAGGCUACUAACCUGUCUAUCCCAAUUGCCUCGCUCAAGUUCCCUGCUGUCACUACCCUGUCAUACUCCGCGACUCGCGCCAAGGACUGGGACGAUAUCCUGACAGCUCACACCGACGAGGCAGUAGCACGAACGUGGACCAUGAAGGAUAAGCGAGUAGGGAAACACGUUUUUAACGUCGCUGCCGAGAAAAAGAAAGGCGGGACUGUUGGCUCCGUCAAGGCUGUAUGCGUAACAGCAUGUGGCAACUUUGGCAUCACCGCGUCCUCGACAGGGAUCAUCAACAUGUACAACAUGCAGUCCGGAAUUCUGCGACGGACAUUCGACAUCGGGCCCUGUCCUGCGAACGUUCCCAGUCGGUUCCGUCCCGCGGCAGGCAAGAAGAAGGAGGAGCGGUGUGUUACCGGGCUUGCAAGUGAUGCUCUCGAUCGGACACUCGUGGCGAGCACGCUCGACGGCACAAUCAAUUUCUUUGACUUCCACACAGCAGCGCUGGAACACACACUUGUCCUGCCCUCCGCCGCCGUAUCAAUCACCCUGCACCGCGAUAGUGGUCUGCUUGCAGUCAUCUGCGACGACCUCGUCGUGCGCGUAGUGGAUAUUGAGACUCGGCGGGUGGUCCGGGAGUUUGGUGGCUUCCGCGGCCGCGUCCUCGACGUAACAUUCUCGCCAGACUCAAGAUGGCUCGUCACAACGUCACUUGAUUCGAUCAUCCGCACGUUCGACAUGCCGACCGGCCGUCUCAUCGAUGCCUUCCGGACGUCGAGCGUCGCCACCAGCAUCUCGUUUUCGCCAACAAACGACUUCCUCGCGACGGCUCACGUGGAUAGCGUCGGCGUAUACCUGUGGGCAAACCGCGCACAGUACUCCGAGGUCCCCUUCCAGAGCAUCGUCGAGGAAGACGUCACAGACAUCUCCCUGCCCUCUAUGCAAGGAUUGGCAGAAGACGAAGCCCUAGAUGCUCUCUCUGCGCUCACAGUGGAAGACAAGCCUGCGGACGUUUUCACAACCCCGCCUCAGCUGGACGGGGAACUUGUUACGUUCACCCUCCUCCCGCGCUCCCGCUGGCAGACCCUCCUCAACCUCGAGGUCAUCCAGCAGCGCAACAAGCCCAAGGAGCCGCCGAAACAGCCCGAGAAGGCUCCGUUCUUCUUGCCCACUCUGCCAGGGGUCGAGCAGCGGUUCGCGGUGGACCAGCAGAAGGCGCAGCAGGAGACGAAGAAGCCGACGAAGCGGCUGCAAAGGGCCGCGGGCGAGACGGAGAGCGUGUUCCACAAGAAGCUUGCGGAGGCGCAUGAGAGUCACUCGUCUGAUUACGAGGAAUUCUUCAACUAUGCGAAGGCCCUCUCGCCGGCAGCAAUGGACCUCGAGCUGCGCUCUCUCGUAUCUCUGGAUUCGUUGCGGAUGUUCAUCGGCGCACUGACAAGCCGUCUGCUCUCUCAUCGCGACUUUGAGGCAGUGCAGACCUUCAUGAAUGUCUUCCUCCGCAUGCACGGCGACGUGCUCACGACGAAUGAGGAGCUGCGCAACGAGCUCGAGACGCUUGCGGAAACACAGCGGAAGAAAAGCGAGAGGCUGUUGGAGCUGCUUGCGUCGUCGUUGGGCACUCUGGGUUUCGUACGGGAUACGAUGUAGUUUCUGAUUUUCAUCUAUCCGGGCUUAGGUGGAGCUCGUCGUCGUCUCUUGAUACAACUUCGGAACUCGAAUGUUGUGAUGAAUCCAUUUCGUAUGUACUAAAUGCACAGGACAUCGCUGCGUCGGUACUUCCUGAGCAAUAGGUCCACAGAGGUGGGGACAUAGAAACACGACGUGUGCUGAUCGAGUCCACGCGACACCUCCAAGCGAAUCCCAUACCUAUCGCACGCUUCGGAGAAGAGGUCGCCUAUUCGACGCAACUCGUCGAAGUCGUCUGGCUCGACGUAAAUGAUGAUUCCAUCCGCUGGGAG